AUGGCGCCCCGAAGUAACUUCAUGAAACACUGGUUUGCCGUUGAGGCAAUUCCAAUCUAUGUCGCUGUUGGUGGAGCAUGCGUCGGGGCUUCCUGGUAUCUUUACCGGCUCGCCACUGGUCCAACCGUCGUCUGGACCAAGAACAACCCGCACCCCUUCCUCUCCAUCGAGCAGGACCAAGGCACUAAGCUCUACGAGGUUAACCACAAGUUCGAUAAGAGCUGGAAGCGCGAGAAGCUGUAG